AUGCCUGGAAGUACGGAGUAUGAUCGCGCAGCCGCGGAACAGCGAUUGAAAAGGAAUAGGCCGUCAAAGGGCAAAUACAAGUUCUUGCAAAAGUACUACCAUCGUGGUGCGUACUACCUCGACGAAGAGGAUGAGGUGAAAAACUUCGGAAAAGCUUCACGUACGAAAUAUACACAUCUUACCAAUGAAGACACCACCGACCACCAGGGAGUAUGGGCGAGCGCAAAUAACCUCAACGUACAAUUCUUCAACAAGAAAGCUGCUGGUGUUCGGCCGGUCUUCGAGAGACCAGCAGCGAAGAAAAGGAAAACGUGA